GCUCCUCUCUCUCUCCCGGCCCGAUCUGGUAGCUUUCUUCUCGGGUUUCUGUCUCGCCCCGAUCGUUUUGCGAUAGUCGAUUUAAUUUCUCCUCCCGAUCGUUCCAGAGACGACGUCGGCGGUCGAAGGUGAAGUGGUGUCGGCUGGUGGCCUGGUUGAGUGUGCUAACCUGCGCCGUGGGUCCUUGGAGGUCCCUCUUGCGUUUCUUUGUCUCUCUGGUCGAAUUUCGAGGGAAUUUUUUGUUUGACAAAAGACAAGAUCAGCAAAGAGAGAAAUUGGUGGUUUAGGAAUACACUAUGAGUUGUUUCUCUUUCGUAUUUCAAAGGACAAGUUGUUCAGGGGAACAAAGGAAUCAACUUUAUGAAGAUAUUCCGGGAAUCAGAAACAUUAAAAUCUACACAUAUAAGGAAUUGAAAAAUGCAACUGGUGAUUUCAGCCUUGCCAAUAAGGUUGGUGAGGGAGGUUUUGGUUCUGUCUACAAGGGAAGGCUUAAAGAUGGGAAAAUUGUUGCUGUGAAGGUGCUAUCCUCUGAGUCAAGACAAGGAGCACGAGAGUUUUUGACUGAAAUGACUGUGAUCUCUGAUGUUGUGCAUGAGAAUCUUGUUAGUCUGUAUGGUUGCUGUGUUGAAGGAACUCACAGGAUACUCGUUUACAAUUAUCUCGAGAAUAAUAGCCUUGCUCAAACCCUUCUUGGUUCUGGCCACAGUACUAUCAAAUUCAACUGGAGAACACGGGUAAGAAUCUGCAUUGGCGUUGCUCGUGGGCUUGCCUUCCUACACGAGGAAGUCCAGCCUCGUAUAGUUCACAGGGACAUUAAGGCCAGCAAUAUUCUUCUUGAUAAGGAUCUUACACCCAAGAUUUCUGAUUUUGGUUUAGCAAGGUUUCUGCCACCAAAUACUACCCAUGUCAGCACUCGAGUAGCUGGAACAAUCGGUUACUUGGCUCCUGAAUAUGCAAUUAGAGGGCAAGUUACACGGAAGUCUGAUGUGUACAGCUUUGGCGUGCUUCUACUAGAAAUAGUCACUGGCCGGUGUAACACAAACACAAGAUUACCAUAUGAGGAUCAAUUUCUACUUGAGAGGAUAUGGUCGCUAUAUGAACGUGGUGAGAUGACGUACAUUAUAGACACUGAUUUGGCUGAUGAUUUAGAUGUUGAUGAAGCAUGCAAGUUCUUGAAGGUCGGGCUUUUAUGCACACAGGACGCUGCAAAGCUGCGCCCUUCAAUGUCCGAUGUUGUCAGGAUGCUGACCGGUGAAAAGGAUGUUGACUUAGAGGAAAUCACGAAGCCUGGUCUACUUGGUGAUUUCUUGGACCUUAGAAGCCAGAAGAGAACUGAUGACAUCCAUGUUCCCUCCCUCAUAUCCUCCGGUCAUGAUAGUUCACCAUUGUUAUCAGAAAAUACUACACUUGCAUCCAUGACCUCUACAUGAAGAUCGGAUUUAGGCUCAAAUAUCAGUAUGCAGAAUUAAUUGCAAGUUGGAGCCUAAUAAAUAUUGAUCUGGGUAUUUGCUGGAGCUAAAAAAAAGACUUGAAUCCAAUCUUGAUUAGUUUGAGCGGCAAGUUGGAAGUUAAUGCUCGAUUACUUUCUCAAUUUAUGAGAAUAUUUUUGCCGCACGCGAAGUUUUGUGAUUUUAAUGUGCAUUGCAUGGCCCAAUUUGUACUUUAUAUAU